UUAAAAUCAAGCAGUUCAAAAUGUACAAAUUCAUAAUCACAGCAAUCCUAAUAAUCGAAUAUUCGAUAGUGGUUGAUAGCAAAAAUCUACCACAAGAUGUGAAUAACAGUGAAUCGAGUGAAGAAGAAGCGACUAUUUCCAAGCGAGAGGUUCUUUUUCCUGAAGAUAUUUUCGAUAACGAAGAACUGGCGCCGGUGUUUAGAAGGUCUGUAGAUGCUCCUGUUGUUGAAAAAUUGCUCAAAUAUCCAUCGAGCGACGUGGAAGAGACCACUCAAAGGGAAAUGCCUUCCAAAUACAAUUUGAAACGGAAACGAAGCCUGCCCAAAUCUAGGGUGAACAGAAGAUUCGUCCAAGAUCGUUUUACCGGAGGCAUCGUUUUCGAUCCAUGGAUGGGACGUUUGUAAAGAAUUUAACGAAAAUGCUAAUAUUUAUUAUAUUUUGUGAUUUUAUGAGGUUGUGAAUUAUUUAUUUAAUUUUUUUAGUUUGUAAUUUAUGAGUGUUGGGUUUUUUUAAUUAUACAUUUAUUUAAUUUACCU